AUGGCUAUCAAGACAAGGAACGAUUUUGCCAAUGGCCUUGUUCUGAAUCCACUUGCCUAUGACACAGUCCAGACGAAGAGACAGCAGCAGUCUGACGUAGAUGAAGAAGAUCUCAGCCAGGGAUUGAAACUUUCACAAGGGUUCCUUAACACGGCGUGUUUUAAAGGCAGCCGACAUACUAACAGCUCUAUGUCCCAUGGUGUGGUGCCCGAGACAAACUUGCAGUUUUAUUUUGAUACAAAUUUGGAUAAAUGCCCCAUGGAUGUGAUGUGUGAACCCACAUCCUAUUCUCACUUCUGCUCCCUGGUCGGGAAAGGCCUUCGUCUUGAAAAAGUUAUGGUGUUUUUUUAUGAGGAGGACUAUUUAGACAACAUAUAGACCCCACAUAUCUUAAUCAUAAUAAAUUGGCUUGGUGGCAUUGUUGUAAAAAAUAAGGGAUAGAAAGAUAGACACAAUCAGGAAAAGGCAGGACAAAGAGUGUCAACAAGAUUGACAAGAGAAAAUAGAGUCAAAUAACCUUGACUACAAACAGCGCCAUAGAAUGUCAAAAGAAAAGAUGGGAGCUUUAUAGGUGAGCUCACAAACUGAGUUACCGGAAGACAAAUGCUUGUUGUGAAAAGGGGAAAAAGAUAAAUGGCAAGAUGAACUGCAGGUGAAGAAUAAGACAUGUGGGGAAAACUGAAGACUUUAUUAAGAAGGAAGUUUCUUUGGCUUUUAUACUCGGUAGCUUCUAGGUAAGGCGGACCCGCCUAU